UGUAUGUAGAAGUUAUAACAUUCCCAAGGCUUCUACAUUUUUAAUAUCGUUCAUACAUUGUUAAUAGCUCUGCUUGAACUAGCGCAGAGUGUGUAGAUGAUGGAGCAUAUAGGUGUGCAUUUAGCAUCAAGGCGACAUCCCAACUUACCUCCAGUAGAUCUACUUACCGGACCUAGAGAGGAAUACUGUAAAUUUUGUCUCCCUCUUUAUGAAGCAUCGAUAAAAUGUGUCUGGAAAGCUACUAAAGAUAUUCUUGACAAAAGACCAGAGCUUUUAAGCUAUAGCAUCACUGAAAAUGGGGAAACGACACUUCAUGUUGCUGCAUCCGCAAAAGUUCCCCAAGAAAAGAGGGAAGUUUUUGUGAGAAAUUUGGUGGAUAAGAUGGAAAAAGAGGACUUGGCACUUGAAAACGAAGACUUCAACACUGCCCUUUAUCUAGCAGCCGCUGCUGGACACCUUGAAACGGUUCAGAUUAUGGUAGAAAAGAACAGAGACUUGGUGACAAUCCCUGGUGGUGGAAGACAAAUGUUGCCACUACAUGCGGCUGCCUUGUUUAAAAAAUGUGAAGUAGUUGAGUAUCUUUUUGGAAAGUCCAGUGACUUAUGUGAUGCUGAUGGUUGGAACGAUACGAAUCGUGGGUGGCUUCUUGAGAAAUGCGUGAAGAAUGACAUGUUCAAGGUGGCACUACAGAUCGUGAAAAAAUAUCCAAAACUCGGUCGUCGUGGGAAUGUGCUUGGAAUUUUGGCUCAAAAACCAGAUGCAUUUUGUGAAAGAAAAAUUAAUCCAAUAAUCCGCAGUCUCAUCAGUGAGAUGGGUGACAAUGAGAUGGUUCAUGCAUAUAGUGGUCCAAAGGUUAGAGCUCGGGAAGGUCCAGCAUUGCAAUUGUUAAGACUCAUUUUGGAUGAUAUUAUGAAACUACCCAAAAAUGAAAUUGACAGCAUACUUAUCAGAGGGCCAAAUGUUAUUAAGCCAACCAAUAAGCCAGUUUCCAGCAAGGUAGAUCAAGCUCUGGAACUUCAAAAGCUCAUUUCUGAACAUAUUGUGAACAUGCAUAUUGAAACUAAGGACAUACUUGAGCAAGAUUCAAAUUCAACUAGUUUCAUAAAGGGAGAUCAAGCUAUGCAACUAGAAAAGGUCAUUUCCGAACAUAUAACCAAGAUGCAACUUAAAACACAGAACAUAAUUAGAGGGACAGAUGCGAAGGAUACACACUCUUCUGGGGCAUUAUAUACUGCUGCUGAAAUGGGCAAUACUAUAUUCUUAGUUGAGCUCAUACGUCGAUAUCCUGAUAUCAUGUGGAAAGUAAAUGAUAGCAAUCAAACUAUUUUUCACAUUGCUGUUGAGAAUCGUCACGAGGGAAUCUACAACAUGUUGUAUGAGAUAGGUUACAUGAAGGAUUCGAUUACUUCUCUCGAUGAUGAAAAUGGUAACAACAUGUUACAUUUAGUUGCAAAGAUUGCCAAAAAAAAGAAACUUGAGCAAGUGCCACGGGUUAUGUUCCAAAUGCAACGAGAACUUUUAUGGUUUAAGGAAGUAGAGUCCAUGGUGAAUCCAUCUUGUAUCGAACGAAAGAACAAAGAUGGUUUAACACCACACGAGUUAUUUACCAAGGAGCAUGAAGAUCUACUAUCACAAAGUGUCGAGUGGGUGAAAGGAACAGCUAAUCAAUGUAUUGUUGUUGCAGCACUUGUUGCCACGAUCGCAUUUGCUGCAGCUAUUACCGUUCCAGGUGGAAACCAGGAUGAUGGUACCCCUAUCUUCUAUCAAGAUACAGCAUAUACAAUCUUCAUACUAUUAGAUGCCGCAUCCUUAUUCACAUCAUCAACUUCAACAAUAUUGUUCAUAACCCUUCUUACAUCUCAGUUUGGGCAACCUGAUUUUCUGUUUCACGUACCUACAAAAUUUACCCUUUUCCUAUAUACACUUUUCGCCUCUAUACAAUUAAUGAUCCUCAGCUUUGGCGUCAGCUUCUUCGUUAUCUACCAAAAAGAGAUGACAUGGAUACCUAUCAUCAUCUGUGUGAUUGCAGUUUUGGUCUACCUGUAUCUUUCUCUGCAGUGUAAUAAUAUGUUUCUGCAUAUAUUUCGAUUGAUGUAUGGUUAUAGGUACCUAUUUAAGCCCAAAAAAGCCGUUCUUUACUUUCAAAACCCGAUGCUUUAACCAUUAUGAUCAUCAACUAGAUUGUAAUAAUUGUAUUUCAUGUAUUUUUCCACAUACGAGUUUGUUUUGUUAAAAGCCUUGGUUUGUAAGUGAUUAGCUCCUAA